AUGUUUUCCGAAUGUGAACCUAUAUCAGAGGAUGGUCAACAUUAUGUUCGCUGGAUACAUUUUUUAUUCGGCUCCUGUGUAUAUGGCAACCAAGGAAUAUUUAGCUUUAUAUUAGGAUUUGCUUCUAUAGCAUGUUGGUUAUGCGCUCAAUUUCCCCAAAUUAUAACAAAUUACCGUAACAAGUCUGUUGAUGGUCUUAGUUUGUUAUUUUUAAUGAACUGGCUAUUGGGUGACUUGGCUAAUCUUGUUGGCUGCAUAUUGACAAAGCAAUUGCCAUUCCAGGUGUAUCUAGCAAUUUAUUUCUGUUCAGUAGACUUUGGACUUUUUUUCCAAUACUUUUAUUACUCCUGGUUCUAUCCUCGACAAGAUGAUGAAUAUGUACCGAUAGGACCAGAUGAUCCAAUUAAUCAAAGAAUUAAAGAAAGGAUCUCAUAA